GCCGCUCGGACUAACUUGUGACGGCUUGUUAUGCACUUAGGAAGCCUUCUUUUCCAUGCGCCUGAGACUCAUUACCCCAUCUUGCCCCACAAUACCUGCAUUCCGGUACUCAUUCCCUCAAUCAACACAUGCACGAUAUAAUUCCUCCGUCUCCAAGUCGACAAUCAUCCUUAAAUAUUGUGAGUUCCGGAUCUUUCAAGUUUACGGCAAAGGUGGGAGAUGCGCUCUUCCUGCCCAAUUAUAUGAAAGCGUCACCGGAAGUUAUGCUUCUAAAGCAGCCCAACAUGGCUGCACUCUAAUAGGACAAAGAGCAGCCAGGCGAGUUGGCGAGCAAUGGCAUGUACAUGUACACCGUCGAGUGAAAGUCAGCAUCCUCCGAGUCAGGCUCGUGAGUCGUAAUCCUUGUUAUCGGAGGGAUGUGAAGAAAAGACUCUUUCCAAGAAAAAUUUUCGACCGUUCGAAGAAUUUCAAUGACUAUAAUGUGCUAACACUUGUGCUUCAACGUCCAGAGACCAAGUAGUCACUACUUCCUACGUUUCUUGCGGGAGACGUCGGGUAUCUCAGUAGUCUCAC